AUGGUUUCCCUCUCAACGUGCCUCAUCGCCGGCAUCCACUAUCUCAUCCAUCCCAGAAAGCUUGGUUCAAUAACAGCAAACAUUCAUCCGGAUGCCAUUCUUCCUGUCACUCUUCUCAGCACCGAAGAGAUAUUCGGCGGACAGUUGGAGCAGAUCCUCGACGCGUACAGUCGCGUCGACGACGUCUUUAUCCCCGAGUUCGGCUCCGUGCUCAUCGAAAAGUUCACCAGUAAUGAUUCCACGACGUCAACUGCAGUUAACCGUCAGCAUGUGUCUCAGAAGACGUAUUCUCUUGAAGAGCAAACGGCCGAUGAUGGCGGUGACGACUUCGUCGGUCAUCUGCCCUCCGGCCCUUAUAUUCUGCACGGCCCCAACCUGUACCAGGCCUGGCGUCUGUAUGAGGACCAAUACGAGGCAUUCAACUUUGGCGUCAUACCCGAAGAUCCCAUGAACAUCAAACAAUUUAUCCCCUUGAGCUCCCUCUCUCUCAAUGGGCUCUUCAAGUCUAUCCCAGUUCCCUCUCGCCUCUACUCCCCAACACCGAGCAAGGAGAAACCGCUAUCAGGGCAGAGGUUCUCCAUACCCGAUGUCAUGAUACUCAAGGGUGUACAGACAACCGUGUCCAGCCGAGCUUGGACAGCUCUGUACCCACCACUGAUUGGUAAGACAGCUAGCUAUGCGCAAAAACUCAUCGAUCUCGGUGCGGUUAUUGUCGGAAAGACCAAGAUCUCUCAGUUUGCAUCUGGUCAGCAGUGGGUGGAUGUCAAAGCACCCUGGAACCCUGCUGGGGAUGGGUAUCAGGAUCCGUCUGGUAGCUCUGCUGGAGCUGCGAUGGCGGCGGCAGCCUACGGCUGGCUCGAAACGGCUGUUGGGGAAGACUCCAUUGGUGGCCUACGAAGCCCUGGAGCCCGUGCUGGCGUCUACUCCCUGCGCCCUUCGUUCUUGAAAGCUUCACUCGACGGAGUACAGACCAGCUCCCCGAGAUACGACACCAUUGGUCUGGCAGCUUCAUCGCUCAGCCAGUUAAGAAAUGCCACAAGAGCUGUUCUCGGUAACGAUGGGGCCGCAAAGACCCCACCCCAAAGUAUAGUUUACCUUGGAGACCUAGACCACCAGUUACCACAUGACCAGCUACAUCUGAUUCGCACGUUUGUGGGAGUAUUGGAGAGCUUCCUCGAUAUUACAGCUGAGAAGACAACCCUCGAGGCUCUGUGGGCCAAGGAGCCUCCGCACAAUGCUGGGCUCCAGUCACUCAAGCAAUUUCUAAACCAAGCCCCUCUACAAUGCUUUUAUUGCGAUUAUGCAGCAACAUAUCAAGACUUUCUCGAGGACUACCGUGAUCGUUUCCACAGAGAACCUUAUGUAGAGGCCACAGUGAGACAUCUAUGGUCUUUGGGGGCGAAUGUGACCCAAGAUGAAUACAGAUCCAGCAUAAACCGCCUCGAUACAUUUCAGACAUGGUUUGAAGAGACGGUCAUGACGGCAGGGCCCAACACUAUCAUCGUCUUUCCUUAUGGUGUUUCCCAACCCAAGUACAGGCAGAGUGGUGGUUCUGGCUCUUCGGGGACGACCGGUAGUUUGUUGCCCGAUCUUUUAGCUUCCGUUCUUGGUGCACCACACCUUAUUGUUCCAUUUGGCGAGACACCUUACUUGUCCGAGGUCAGCAUGACCACGGAGUAUCUCCCAGUCAGUGCAUCUGUGUUGGGAGCUCGUGACAGUGACAAGACUCUUGUCCAACUAGUCCACGAUGCUUUGGAGAAAGCAGGCAAGAGAACUACCAUGAGCAAGCCACAAACACCAUCGAUUCAUCGUGAGGCUCCAGAUGUACAACGCGGGCUCACUGCAUCCGGCCCACAGCAUUGGUAG